GCUUCCUAAUUGAUGUUUUCAUGUUCUUUUAGUUAUAUUAAGCUAUUUGAUUUAUUUAUUAAAUUAAAAAAGACUUAUUAGGAGAAGACAACACAAUCAAUCAAUAUUAGUGAUAUAAUCAUCAAUUUUUUAUAUUCGUCAUUUACAAGUUGUAAAGCUUAAAUAGGACUGAACAUUAUUUAUAGCAUUAAAUAAAGCUUCAUGAGGAGGAAAGAGGAGAUUUAGAACUCUUUAUCUGUUUUAAUUGAAAGCUACUUUGAAUAAAAAAGAUAGCAGAAUUAUUAGGAGUUCAGCCUAACUUUGUUUAAAAAUUUGAUUAAUGAUAGCCAGUUUCAUAAAGUAGUACCCGAACUGCUUGAUAAAUUAAAGGAAGGGGGGAUGAUAAAAAAAUGUAUGAAAUUAGUUUAAAAGGGUGAGGUCAGUUUUGUUUGUGAAGAAUGUAGUUAUGAUAUAGAAAGCUCUUUAAUUUGUAAAAGUUGUUUUAUAGCAGAAGAUCACCUAGGACAUAAAGUGCAUUAUUCUACAUAAUAUGAAGGCAUAUGCGAUUGUGGAGAUAUCAAAGCUCUUAAAUUUGUUUGCAGUAAUCAUAGCACUAAGGGAGAAAAUCUUCUUUCUUAUUCUUAAAAUGAUGUAGAGAAAGAAAAAAUUAUACAUAUUGUAAAUAAUUUUAAAUUAGUUCUUAAGUAGCUUCUAAAUCUACUUAUAGAGCGCGCAUAGCAAUCCCCUUUUUAUGAAGAAAAUGUUUCCAAAGGUAUGCAUAUAUAAAAAGAAAGUCUCUGUAGUCUAGCAGCCAAUAUAGUUAGGUUUCUUAAUGAAAAUUGUAUUAAAAGCGAGGUUUUAAUGAGCUCAGUUGCUGAGAUAUUGCUAUAAGGAAUUAAGCAAGCAGAGCCCUCAGUUAAAUUAUCUCAUAAUUGUCAAAAACUGACUUAAAAAUUAGAGAAAAAAAAUCUAACAACAUCAAGUAAAAACUGCGAUUGCACAUAUUUAGAAUUGCUACUUAGAUCUUAAUCUAAAUUCAAAGAUGAAGUCAACGAAGCAUUUUUAAAAUUGUAUCAACAAAUUAUGAAGUUUGAUGAAUAAUUUGCUAAUACCUUAGCCUCUAGCUUUGUCAAACUUUUUAGAUUCUUUUUUUAUGAGACAAAUAUGAAUAAUUUAAUAAGCAUUGGUAGAUAGAUAGCUGGAAGCUCAGCAUCGUCUACAGCUUCUUCUUCAAGUUCUUCUUCCUCUUCUUAAUCUCCUCCCAAUUCAUCUUCUCCCUCACAAAACCUUAAAACAAACAUGCACUUUAGCAAAACACUUUAAAUAUAUUGCUAAUUUUUUACAAUCAACACUGCAUCAUAAUUCAUGAAAAGCAAAUAUUUUAUUUAAAUUUAUGAGUAAUGGUAAGACAUAAUACGAAACUAUUUUUUAGGAGAAAGCAGAUUAGCUUUUAAUGCUUUUAAUCAAGUUAAAAAUUUAUUUUCAUUCAUUCUUUCUAAGAAAAUACUUGUGCAAAUGAUAGACUUAAAAGUUCUUUUGGCUCAAACAAUUACUUGCAUUUUUAUUACUCAUACUCAUAAAUCACCUGAAUUAAGCGAUGAAAUUGAGAAGAUGAGAUUAGUUAUUGAAUGCGGAAUUCUUAUGCUCUUUAAAAAAGUUUGGUCAAGAGUUUAUGAACUAUUUGAAAAUGAAAAAAAUCAAAGGAUAUAGCUACUAGAAUUUGCUGUUGAAAGAAUUUUAACAGAAAACAAGAAAUUAUUUUUAUCAACUCCUUAGCUUAUCAAUGGAAAUGAAAGUUUAGCCAAUGAAGAUAUUUCCAAUAAAUCUAAAAAUAGUCAAAAUGGAGAGUGGCCAAUACAUUUUACAGGCUUCAGAAUGCUCAGUAUUGUUUUAAAUUUGUUAGUCGUAGAGACAAAUGUGAGCUUUUUGAAAGAUAUGCUACUUUCUUAACAUUUUGAAGGAAAACAUGAAAAACUAGAAAAUUAUAUUGCAUAGGUAAUUUAAUACCCGUUAAAAGCAAUGAAUUUUGCAAGGACAACUGAGUAAAAAGUUGGAAAUUAUUACUAAAUGAUGUCAGACCCUUUAAAGUCUAUGAAAAUUGAAAUUAUUAACUCUUUUUACAAGAAAAGUUUUUAUGGUUAAAUGGAUUUAGAUAUUUCUUUGAUUUAAGUCCUUCUUGCUAUAAUAAAAGAAAAAAAUAGUAAAAUGCCUCUGAUGAAUAUAGUUUGCACGAUAUAUUCAGAAAUAGAUAUAAAGUAAAUAUAUUUCUCCACCCAAGAUGAAAACUACAAGAAAAGGUUAGGUAGUGUAUUGGAGUUAUUUGCAGUACUUGCAGUAAAUAAUGCUUGCAUUUUAAAUACAGUCGCGUGCAGCUAAAUACUUCAGAAAAAGAAGGACCACAGAAGACCUUAGUGGCUAGAGCACCAUCUUCACUGCGUUCUAAUUAAUGCUUUCCAUCUCUAAAAAGUUCAUGAUUUAAAAAGUGUUAAGGAUGUUCUAUACGAUAAAAUCUUAAAUUAUGAAAUUAAAAUAGAGCCUUUCAUUUUUGAUGUAACUGAAUAAAUCGCGCCAUCAUCUAGAACUCUUAGAUUAAAACCUGAAUUUCAAAGAUAAUACGAACCUUUUCUAUUUCAUAAAUAUACUAGACUCUCAAGCAAUAUAUUCGAAAAAGUUAAAGAGCUAAGUUCUAAAUUUGAUGAUUGUGAUCCUAUAAUUGGAAAUAUCUCACUAUACACAGAGCAUAGUUUUUUAAGAACUUUACUGAAUAAUUUAUUUAGCGAUGAAGUCCCAAGAUAUCUAAUGCUGUGCUUCAGAAUAGAUUCUUUCAAUGAGUCUUUGAAUGAUGUGUUAAAAUUCUCUAUUAAACUAGUAGGAUUAUAUCUCACAUUUUGUAUCAGGGAAAUAAUUGAACUCAAAGCCUUUGAAGAAACAAGAUAGGUUUUUGAUCAUCUUUUAAAAUAUUUUUUGAAGCCAGAGCUUGAGAAAAAGUUAUCAGAAAUGAAAAAAAAUAGAAAACUUUCUGACAUAAAAUAGACAAUCGAAAAUAUUCAGCGCAUGAUAUCACUUCUUAAGGAAGAGAUUAAUGAAAUUACAGGUCAAUAAUCAAAUCAAAAAAGGUUUUAAAAUAUUAACCAAACAGAAGAGAAUAUUCAAAAGAAAGAUGAGCAAAAAAAGUAGCAAACAAAGGAAGAAAAGAUGAAAAAAUAAUAAGAAAUGAUAAAACAAGAAUUUAUGCGUAAAUAACAACAAUUUUAGUAAAAAAAUUAAAAUAUGAUAGAAUAGGAAACUAGUAGCCAAUAAUAAAUAUCUAAUAUAUAGCAAGAAUAAAAAAAUACUAAUACAAUUAAAUAAUCAAGUUAAUAACCUCGUUUAAGCGCUGGGUUAAGUUAAGGUGAUUGCGGCGAUAGCGUAGUAAGCUGUGAAGAUGACGAUGAAGAAGAUAGUGAUGGAUUUGCUUUAGAAAAAGAUGAAGAAUUUGGAGAAGAUGAAUAGCUGAUAUAAAAGGAAUACAUAAAUGACUGUGAUGCAGUGUGUAGUUAUUGCCAUUACCCAGUAGAAUAAAGUGAAUAUGGACUUUAUUGCUAUAUUUCUGAAGAUAAUCUUAUAUAUUAUUGUCUUAAUUUAAAUAGCAAUUACAGUUUACAUUAGAAAGAAACUUUACUAAAUUAGUUCAAAGGGUAUAGAAUAGAAACUUGUGGACACUAUAUUCAUAGAAAAUGUAAAGAAAAGCUAUAAAAAACAAAUAUCAAUCAGAUUUUACAAAAACGUGUGCUUUUUUCAACUCCUUAUGAAAAUUUAUGCGGACAGUGCAAGGGUCUUAGCAAUUUAUUUUUACCAAUUGUCCUUUCUAAAUAAAUAAAAUUGUUUUCAUUUUUUAAAUUACAAAAAAUUUUAGAUAAGUAAAAAUUGAUAAAUAACAAAGUUUCUUAACUUUGGAAUCUUAAUUAAGAAUAAUUUGAAUAACUUGUAAACAAGUUCCAAACUCAUAUUAAAAAGGUUAAUAUUCAUAUAGAUAAAUCAAAAAGCCCAGAAUAAGUUUAGUAAUAGUAGCAAUCAUCAUUACAAGAACAGUAAAAAAUAAUCGAAAUAAUAUCUGACUAAUUUACAUAGAUACUUCAAUUAAAAAUUAGUACCAACCAGCUAAAGCUUAAUAAUAAUCAUGAUAAUAAAAAUAACUAAAGUAAAGGCAGAUAGAGCUUUACUGACGAAGACAUUCACGAAGAUUAUAUUCUUUACGUUGGAGAAAGGAUUAUCACCCAUUUAUCUGAUAUCCUCAUUUUAGCAGGAUGGAAUCACUUCUUUAAUAAAUGCUUUAAGGUAGCUUCCAAUUUUUUUGCCAGCUUUAGGGAAUUUCUUCAUUUGUUUGAAUCUAAGCACAAAGAAGAAACUGUGCAGGAAAUUAAGUAAUAAAUCAUAAAUGAUACGAAGGUUUUAGAAGCUCUUGCAAGAGAAGAAUAACAAAUAAAUGAAAAUAAAUUAAUUACAAUUUAAGAAAUAGAAAUAAAUUAUUUCAAAAUAGUUUGGAGAUGCGCUAUUUUGGAAAGACGUGAUCACGCUUUAAGCUUUUUGGCUGCUUAUAGAUUCAUAACUCGUCGUGUAUUCGAAAUUAAAAUUCGAGCAUUUUACUAUAAAUUUAUAUCAGCGUAUAACAUGAAGAAUUCGAGCUAUCUCGAUUUAAUUAAAAUGGAUACUUUUGAGUAUGAGAUACUGACUCAUAUUCUACCUUUCAUGAAAGCUUCUCUUUCAAUUCUGUUUGUAGUUUUUCAUAUCAAAACCAGUGAAAUAAAGGAACUAGAUGAUGAAAAAUUCGAGUCUGAUGUAGACUAGUACAAUACAUUCCAAAAAAUAUUAGCAAAAAUAGAUUGCUAAGAUAUUUUUGAAUACAAAACAGUUGUUUGUUUGAAUAUUAAUUAAGGAUAGAGCAUUUAAAAUACUGAUGCUCUACAGAUUUAAUCAUUAAAAAUACAGUAACCAUCAUUCUAGACCUAGAUUAAUCCUUUCAAAAUGGUUAUUCUUCCUAAAGAUUUUCUUGAAUUUAACCGUGUUUUCAGCCUGAUUAAAUGUAGCUAUUGCAAUGACUAUCCUAAAUUUGGUGAUCCUUAUCUUUGUCUCAUAUGUGAAAAAGUCACAUGCAGUAUUAAGUGCGAUACUACUUAAGAUUGUAAAACAAACAUAUAGAGAGAGUAUGAAGAGACCUAUUAUUCGUAUGAAAGAGAUGAUGAUGAUGACCAAAACGCAUAUAAAACACUAAAAAAGAAAAGUAGAAAGAUGGGAAAUCUUAAUAAACAUGCAAAUCACUAUCAUGGAGGAAAAACUGCAUAUUUACAUUUAAAAAAUGGAUAAAUAAUUUUGGUUAACUAUCCUAAAAACAUCUUUUACGGAUGGAUAUACACAGAUGAAUAUGGUUAAAUCCCCAACCCUAAAAAUAACAAGUGGGAUCAAUUCAAAAUAAACUAUAAAAUAGCAAAUAAAGUACAAGAAAUUUUAAUAUAAUCUAAAAUUCCAUAAGAAAUUUGCUACAAUCUUAUGUAAGAUAGCAAUAUUUUAAUUGACAGAGAUUACAUUUGAUAAUAUCAAAUAGCUCCUGAAAAUAUUAUUUCUUACAUGAUUACUUAAUUAAUUAAUUCAUUAAUUUAUUUUCUUUGAUUACUUAAAAUCUGUAACAAAAUCAAAAGAAAGUUAAUAAAUUAACAAAAACAUUUUUUAAACAAGAAAUAAUUCUAAUUAAUACUAAUAUAAUAUAUAAAAAUAAACAAUUUAAUAUGAUUCUAAUAUAUGCUAUCUAAAUAAAUAAAACAUAUAUAUAUACAUGCAUUUGUUUUAACAUGUUACUCAAUUUUAAAAGCAAUUUUACA